UCGAUUAUGUCAUGGCGGGUUAGAUGUUUUCGGCAUUGAAUUUCCUUGAAUUUGUUUUGAAUUUCUCUGUCAAUGAUCUCGCAUGUUUCGCUGCUUAUUAAUGUCAGCGUUACUUAUAAAAAAAAAAAUAUUUCGUAAACUAUUCAAAUGCUGAAACAAUUGCAAAUGGGCCUUCGCGCGUUCAUGCUCCUCGCCUCUAAAGUAUGGAGUUGUUUUUGUUACAUGUUUAGAAAGCAGUAUCGAGCGUUGGCUCAAUAUCAAUCUGUCAAAUAUGAGAUAUACCCACUUUCUCCAGUAUCUAGACACAGGCUGAGUUUAGUCAAAAGAAAAAUGUUGGUACUGGACUUGGAUGAGACCUUAAUACACUCUCACCAUGAUGCAAUGCUGCGGCCAACAGUAAAGCCUGGCACCCCACCUGAUUUUGUACUCAAAGUUACUAUAGAUAAGCAUCCAGUAAGAUUUUUUGUUCACAAAAGGCCACAUGUUGACUACUUCUUGGAUAUAGUGUCACAAUGGUACGAGCUGGUAGUGUUCACGGCGUCUAUGGAGAUAUACGGCGCUGCUGUUGCCGACAAGUUGGACAAUGGACGGGGAAUUCUCCGGCGGCGGUUUUACAGACAACAUUGCACGCCGGAACACGGCUCGUACACAAAGAACUUAUCAUCGAUAUGCGAUGAUCUUAACAGGGUAUUCAUUCUGGACAAUUCUCCCGGCGCCUAUCGGGAUUUUCCAGAUAACGCGAUCCCAAUAAAGUCGUGGUUUUCGGACCCCCUGGACGUGGCGCUGUUGAAUCUUUUGCCAGUUCUAGACGCGCUGCGCUUCACGCAUGACGUGCGCUCAGUGCUGUCGAGAAACCUACACUUACACCGCCUAUGGUAGCACCUGCUCGAUACUAACCAGCGUUUUGUACAAAUUUAGGGAGUGAAUGCGCUUCCAGAACCUAUUUAUUAUUUUUUUCACUUGUUAGAAACCUACAGCGCUUCUAUUCAAAUAUACAUAUAGAAAUAAUCUAGUGGAAUAAUUUUUUAAGUUUUGUUUUAAAUUAACAGUGAUUAGUGUAAUAUAGGACUGAAUUUUCCUACGUUUGUAGGAAAGGGUAGUUUCAAAAACACCCUUGUCGUUUUAGGUCUCUUUCACUUACCUACAUGGAAUGAGACGGCAAUAUUUUAAGUUUUUUUAGUUUGUAUCGGACUGUUUUUAAAUCAGUAGUGAUUAGAAAGUUUUUGAUUCCAUGACAAAAAAAAUUGUGUGGAUAUCCUGCGAAAUGUGGUAUUACGUAUGGAUAUGUUUCAUUGUCUAUUUUUAAUUGCGAUAUUCUUUAUUAACCGGUAGUUAGAUAAUUAAUUAUUUCACUAUUGGUUGUCAGUCUUAUCAGAUUUUCUCUGUCUUAAAAAAAACGAAUCGUUUAUAUCAUAAUUAUCUGUUAAUACAAUAUUCGAUAAAUGAAAAUCCAAAUAUGUAGUUAUGCCAUAUUAUCUCUUUUUUGGGCAUAUAAGUUUUGUAACAUCUGUAUAAUAAAAUGAAAUCGAACGAAAUUGGUUUUAACGUUAAAUAUAUUUAGAUAUUCGCAAUUAAUAAUCGACGAUCUUCGGGGAUACUUAUUACUUUUGAUUAACGAGGACCUUUUUAUAGACCUUUUGUAAGAUCUAUCGAUUCUUUAUACUUUAGGAAAAGCAAUUUUUAUAUCAAUUUCAUAAAGUUAUUUGUUGAUGUAAAAUUAUAGUUAAUCAAGGAUUUUCAGCGUUUUCUUAAAUUAAGAAUGAAGUUUAGAUGGAUUUGUUUUUAGAAAAUUAAACUAAGUUGCAAAUCACAGGCACACUAUGAUGUUGAGCUGUAAUAAAAAUCUCGUGAAUGCAAAAGAAAUAAAAUCAAUGUACAAUUUGUACUUUUUGUCCCUGGCCAACAUUUAAAGAUAAUCUUGUCUUGUGUCACGCAAGUCGUUCAUCUCUCAAAAUUCUAUGACUAUUUCACAUGUGUCGGACGUUGGGUAUGUCUCAAUGCAUUAUUGCAUUAUGGUGUGCCGUGAAUAAAGACAAUAGUGGUAUACUACGAAAACUAUGUACAAAUGUAAACCGAAUCAGUUGAGUAGUUUCGUUUCAUUAACAACGCUUUUUUGACAAACUUCUCCAUGGACUUCUAAAUUUGAACUUUUUAAAAUUUUAAUCUAUUAUCUUGACAUCUCAAACCACAGAUUUCACUUGAGGCAAUGUAAUACAACUUAAAUUUGCACAGGAACAUUGCAAAUAUACAAUGAGUAGGUAACCCCAGAGAAGAGUUACUUUUUCGUGGUUAUAAAAAGCGUUGUUGAUAAACAUAGAUAUUAUAAUGUCUGUUACCUUUAUAUUGUCUGAAACGUGAGAGAAUAGAAGGAGAUCGGUAAAUCAUUAGUAAUGUUUUCAAAUCCCUUUAUACGAUUAAUAUGAACUAAAGUGUAACAUGAUAAAACCUUAACUGUUUUUAUAUUGUUCCUAAUAUAUUAUAGGGCCGGUCCCGAUGCCCUGCCAUGAAUUACGGCACUCAAUAUACCAGGGUUUUUAAAAGUAUUUUGUGGAAAUUGUUGUAUUAGAUCCGUACCCCUAACAGUUUCCAUGUACGAAUCUCCCACGGGCGUAUCUAGAUUUGAUCGGUGAGAUAAAUGCAUUCGUCUAAAACUAACAUUAUGAAUGUAUAACGAAACCUUCAAAAAAUUUGUGCUAGCGUCAUGCUUGGUAACCUGAUAUUUUCCAUACAAAUUAGCGGAGUUAUACUUCUCGCAAAAUAUUGACGGCUAGAACACCACCUAUUGUCGUAAUUCGUAGGCUUUUCUAAUGGAAGUUAAAUUUAAAAUUCCAUAGACAAAUAAAGUAAUUUUGAAAUUACGAAUGUUUUGCAUGGAGGUUAGACCGUAAUCCAUUAAUAAAAUCUGGUGCUAAAAUAUAAAGCAAUCGAUUAUGAUAUUAAAUUGUAUUAUGAGAUUUGAAAUCAUACACUAAUGUUCAGUUCAAACCAAAUAUACGAAUAGUUUAUAUCUAAUGAACUUAGGAAAAUAUACUUUAAUUUUAAAGUAAUAUUCUUGUUUCUAUAGCAAUUAGUAUCGGCCAGCAUUGUAGUUUAAUAUAAGUGUACCUAAUAAUAAAUAUUUAGGUUUUUUAUAUUAACUCUAACCAUUGCAUUGUUGAUAUAAUUUCCAUAUAUGAUUUAUUGUAUUAAUAUUUUCCUAUAAAGUAACAUGUUUUGUAAAGCGCUUUUUAAGUAGAUUUAGUUAUGCAUUUAGAUUGUGUUGGAAAAUAAUGGAGUUUCGAAUGCAAGAUCGGUUUAUAUUUUUUCAAAUCCAGUACCAUAGUCUUUUUUCCUUGGACACUAUUGUGAACGCGUAUGUCAUAAGGGCUACCUGUGGAGUAAUAUUUAACGAAACUUGUGUUGCAAUACUUUGUAGCAGCAGAGAGUCCAUAGUGAAAAUCUAAGGUGAAACAUAUGCUGAUGGAGGCGUCCAAACCAAUAUAGAUUUUAAGUUUUUUUUUAUUAUUUUGGUGAAAAGGUAAGGACGUCUUCUAAUUAUGCUAUCAAGGAUAGUUGUAAAUUUGAACUUCUUGACAUGAACUGUGAAGUAACCUGCACUAAAAGUAGUUAACCAGUUUUUUAAAUAAUUUGUAAAUAUUUUUCCUUUAGCAUAUUGAAUAACACUGUUAUAUACAGGGUGAGUAACAAAAGUGAGAUUAAUUUGCCCGUUGAGAACCUGUUGAUGGUAAAUUUUUAACACUAGCUAUAGAACUGAAAUCUUACGAAUGUAGCUAUAUGAAUAUAGGGUAUGAAUUCGCAUAUGUUGUAAAUAAAGCAGUUUCAAACAUAAAAGUUUGGGGAAUUGACAAAAUUUUUAUUAUAUUAGAUACAUAUGUAUCUGAGACCACUGCCUUUUAGGUUCGAAAAUUUAACUUUUAUGUACUGAAACCUAUGAAAUUGUCCCAACCACAAUAUUUUAAUAAUACCUAAUGUUCUAUUUUAAAGAAAUCACGAAAGUAAGAAAUACCUUAGCAAUAGCUUAUUUUAAGUUUUUAAUGAACAGUGUUUUCAAUGGUCCACACAGAGUUUAUAGGCUCCCACUGUUUCUAUCUAUAGGAUAUUUAGUGUCGUUAAGAAAAACUAAAUUACGAGAGGAUGUGUUACAUAUUGUGGUUGAACGGGAUAACUUCUACUUCACUGUAAGUAGACAAGUGGAGUAAUUAUUAAUUUUGUUCAACAUAAUACCAAGUCUCAACUGGUUGUUCGAAGUUCAAAGCUAUUUGUAUAAUAAUUAAAGAUCGAUUUAAAACCUUA